UACGGUGUUUAAUCACGCGCCAAAAUUUUACUUUGGUAUAAGCAAAACGAAUAUUGCUUCUCCGAAUUUGAGCACUGAGCAAGGUUGAAUCUUUCAGAAUCGUCAUGUCCACAGAAUAUAAACAGUUCCAGAAUGAGGGUGAGGAUGAUCACGCGGCCAGCUAUCCGCUCAGCCAGCCCCAGCCUGCCCAGGGCUACGCCCCGCCCCCGCCCCAGUACCCCAACUAUCCUCCUGGAGGCACGAUGAUGCAGACAGUCGUGCCUCAACCUCAAACCAUCAUAUCCACUUCCCACGUGUGCCAGCCUAACGAUUACUUCGGAUUGGCACUCUUUGUGACCAUCUGUUGCUGCCUGCCGCUCGGCAUUGUGGGAUUGAUCAAGGCCAAUGACGUGCGCAACCGUUUCCAGGUUGGGGACGUCGCCGGCGCGGAGCAAGCCUCCAAGGAAGCCAAGAUGUACUCCUUCUGGGGGCUUGGCAUCGGCAUCGGCAUACUGGUGGCAGCCAUUAUUGUUACCAUUGUCCUGCUGGUCGUCGUGUUUAACAGUGUGUGAGUUUGCAGUGGGAUCAAUAUAGACCUUAUUCACGAGUAAGCCAUUUUUGGAUCGUGUUCCCUGAAUCUAUUUUAUGGGUUGUGAAUUGUUGAACUGGAUGGUGCCAGACUAUUUUAUGAUUAGAGUGCAUUCCAAGCCUCACUUUCAAUUUUCGACCGUGUUCCCUGAAUAUAUUGUAUGAGUUGUGAAUUGUUGAACGGGAUGGUGCCAGACUAUUUUAUGAUUGGAGUGCAUUCCUAUAGCCUCACUUUCACUUUUCGAUCGUGUUCCCUGAAUCUAUUUCAUGGGUUGUGAAUUGUUGAACUGGAUGGUGCCAGACUAUUUUAUGAUUAGAGUGCAUUCCAAGCCUCACUUUCAAUUUUCGACCGUGUUCCCUGAAUCUAUGGUAUGGGUUGUGAAUUGUUGAGCGGGAUGGUGCCAGACUAUUUCAUGUUUAGAGUGCCUUCCAAGCCUCA